ACUAAAAUUUGAAUUUCAAUCAGCGAUACUUAUUAUUCAGUUUGAACAGCUUUCCAACUACACCGUAGUUUUAGCUACACGCUGUACAUUAAAGAAAUGGAACACUGAAUUCUAUCAAGUUAUUUAUCAAUUUUUAGGUGCUUUUAUUGGAAGCUGGUAUAGAAGAACCACUGGCAGCUGAUGUUCCAGCAUUCGCCUCUAUGUUGCAAGCUAGCAAUAUCGAUUGGAUGUAUCGUACACAGCCAGAACAACACUCUUGUCGAUCGAGAAGGGGUAGAAGCUGUGCAUGGGCAAGGGGAAAAGUAUUGGGUGGUUCCAGUACAAUCAAUUAUAUGAUUUAUAUACGGGGCAAUCCUAGAGAUUACGAUGAAUGGGCUGAACAAGGCAAUCAUGGAUGGAGUUACGAGGAAGUUUUGCCGUAUUUUCUUAAGUCGGAAAAUAACGAGGACCCUGAGGUAAUUUUCUAAAUUUAUUAACAAUUAGGUGAUUAAGUAAGA